CCCCGCUCUCCAAAUUCGACGACCUUGGAACAAACAAUUUGAACAGUUCGUGACGAACUACUGCGUUAACUCCAUCAUACGCCGAAACAAAUGCCCCCGAGACAGCUUCGAAUUCGGCCGGUUGUUUCUUGACGCCCAUUUGAGGACGUAUUUCAGAACCCAACGCCAUUCAUUGCUUGACCAUGGCGACGCGCAACUUUAACACAAACACAACAUCGCGCCAGUCUAUGGCACCAUCAGGAGGCGCCGUGAAAGCCCGACAGCUGGCCCAGCUUCAGGCGCAACUGGCUCGGCUCUCCACGAACCUGGCCGAUACGGAAAACUUAUUGCGCAUGACGAGCGUCCAGGCCGAGUCUAUGCGCGGUUUGGGGAGUUGGCAUGCCGGGAUGCUCAUGGCUGCCAGCAAGGUCCUCGGAGAAGAAUCUGUCCAACAGCAGCAGGGCAACUAGACAAUGUUCCCUGGGGAUGAGAUCCUUUGUGAGAGAAUAUGCAGCGCAGCCGCACUGUUCGAGUAUAGGGGUGGCUUUGUGGCGGUCGCUCAUGACGCGAGCGAGGCCAUAUGACCAUGCUGGGCCGCAACCCCAAUAGUCCUCGAUACCAAGACGAUAGGUCAGCCAUCCUCCGAGAGCGAGACUCUUGGGGUUGU